CCCUGCAUGUUAUCAGUGAGGAAGUUUUGCAGUGUGUGGGACUCGAACCUGUGGGUCCUCCCCUCCUCACACACACCGCUGCACAUGUGUCUCACAGCCCGGAGAGGACCACUGGAGUCAGACAGCUCGUAGAACCUCCGGCUCACCUCACCUCAGCUCCAGCUUUAAACCACAGAUCCAUACCCAAGGGAGAGCGAUGCCUGUCCGGGUGGUGAUGAAGGGUCCCGGGCCCUGGGGCUUCCGGCUGGUCGGGGGAAAGGACUUCGAGCAGCCGCUGGCUAUUUCCCGGGUCACCCCUGGGAGCAAAGCAGCGCAGGCCAACCUGUCGAUCGGAGACAUCAUCUUGGCGAUCGAUGGCGAGCACACGGAGAACAUGACUCACUUGGAGGCUCAGAACAAGAUCAAGGGGUGCAUAGAGGAAAUGCUGCUCUCCGUAGACAGGUCAGAAACUAAACUGUGGUCGCCACUUUCAUCGGAGGAGGGGAAGGCACAUCCAUACAAGAUGAAUCUUGCAUCAGAGCCGCGGGAGGUGAAGCUCAUAGGCUCCACCCACAACAGAAGUGCGCUGCCGUUCGCUGGUUUUGGCCCAAAAGUUGUGACCAACCAGUACAACAGCCCCUCUGGUCUUUACUCUGCAGAGAACAUUGAGAACUUCAACUCUGCAGUGGAUGAAGUGAAGACCCUGGUUACAGCCACUGAGCUCGACGACAAAGCUCCUUCAGAACCGUCAAAGACCAGCGUUAGGCCGCCUGUGGACUCCGAGUCAGAGGUCUACAAGAUGCUCCAGGAGAACCAAGAGUCUGAUGAACCUCCCCGGCAGUCAGCUUCGUUCAUGGUGCUUCAGGAGAUUCUCGAGACAGGUGACCCUGAUAAACCGUCAGGGUUCAGGAGUGUGAAAGCACCGAGGACGAAGAUCGGCUCGUCCCUGGGGAAUGCAGAGAAGUUGCCCUCCUGUGACAAAUGUGGAUCCGGGAUUGUGGGGCUUGUGGUGAAGCUGAGAGACAAGUUCCGUCACCCCGAGUGCUACACCUGCACAGACUGCAACAUCAACCUAAAACAGAAGGGACAUUUCUUUGUGGAGGAGCAGAUUUAUUGUGAGACGCACGCACGGGAGCGGGUGACUCCACCCGAGGGCUACGACGUGGUCACAGUCUUCCCCAAGUAGAGCGCUCGCUGAGCUCGGCCUCCGACUGCACACCACUGUAGGACACACCAAAUAAUCCAAGACAUUCCAGUAUUUAGCUCCUGCUUCUCCUCUGAGACGUAAAAGUGUCUUCUCUCGCAUUCUGCUUCAGAACAGUCACUGGUGGGCAGGACAGUCAGAAAGUACAUGUUUGAAAAUGUUGAUUUGCACAUUAACUUUGGCUUCUUCAAAAGAAACAUUAAUGAAUACUAUGAAAUUAUCUCUCUGAAAAACUCCAUCUGUAAUGACUGUCACUGUCUUGUGGACAUGUUUGUCUUUGUACACGUUCUUUGUGUUCUUUUAAACCGUAGAAACAAUGAGAAAUCAAAUAAUUUUUCACCCUGAGAGACUUUUUCUACUCUUUUUAUUAAAUAAAUAAACCCACUUUUAUGCAGAAAAAUAUCUCAAACAUACAUUAAGAUUAUCAUUGCCAAAUAAAUAUUUUUAGCUUAAACCACUUCUCUUGUCUUCCUCCAUCACUGAUUGUGCUUCAUGGUCGUUUGGUGAUAAUAAGUUUAAGAAUAAAGAGAGCAACCGGGUCAUUAAAACACUUCCCAACACAGGAGCUGGCUCAGGGGACAGGUAGAGCUCAGUGUGGAAAAUGUGUUUUAACAAUAACUGAACAGACUUUGUUUAGUAACUGAUUGAGAAGUUGAUUUAAACUGCCUUCAAAGAAUAUCCUACACCUGUAGAUAGGGAUGUAUGUCACUCGUGUUUUAUCCAGUUACUGUUCCCUACAGGAAAAUGGACCCUGCUAAAGUAUCAAUGCAAGUGCAAAGUGUUUCUCAGAUAACUUUCACCACAUACAGAAGUGAAAUAAAAGUUUUCUCCUCUUGCAAA